AUGGAACAUUUAUCGACUGAAUUAAAUGAUUUACCUGAUGAAAUUCUUAUGAUUAUUUUGAAAAAAUUGUUCAAUACCGAAGUACUCUAUUCUUUAAUAGAUGUUAAUAAACGAUUCAAUACAAUUGUACGUGAUCCAAUUUUCACAAAUAAGUUAACAUUGAUGAGAUGCUUGUCAAAUAAUCGCAACUAUCCAUUACCUGAUCCAAUACUUGAUCGAUUUUGUUUUCAAAUCUUACCCUCAAUUCGUCAUAAAAUCAAAUGGCUUAAUCUUGAAUCAUCAUCUAUGAAACGUAUUCUUAAUGUUACAAAUUAUCCGAAUUUAUAUGGACUUGGUCUAUAUGAUCUUGAGAUAGAAACAGCUCGAUCUCUUAUUGAUGAAUUUUGUUUAACUUCUAUAAAUAAAAAUCAAAUCUUAUCGCUAAUCAUCGAUGUUACAAAAUAUAAAAAUGGAAAAAAUUUACGACGAGAUAUGACUGAAUGUAUAUUCAUGCAUAUUCUUAAUAUAUUCUCCAAUUUAGAAUAUUUAAAUUUUUGUCCAUCUUCAAUGUGGUAUCAAGGAUUAUUACUUAACAAUCCAUCUCCAACUAUAAAUUCUUCAACUCUCUUAGAAUUGCAUAUCAGUUUGGCAUCUCUCACCGACUGUCUUUAUAUACUUGAUGGACGUUUCAAUAAACUUCACACGCUUUAUGUUGAUAUUGAUUUCAUUUCUUCUUUGCGUUUAACAAACAAUAAUCAGGAAAAACUAUCUAAUUUAAGAUGUUUUUCGUUAUGCUGUGGAAUGUCAACAGAUUAUUAUGAUGAAUUAAUUGUACCAUUUCUACAACGAAUGUCGAAUUUAGAAAAACUCUCUUUAAAUCUUAUUGUUUGUGCCAAAAGUAAAUUUGUUGAUGGAAUUGAAUUGAAACAGAAUAUUAUUAAUCAUAUGGCACGAUUAAAGAGACUCGAAUUUUGUAUUUCCUCAAGUAUUUCUCUUCGUAAUCAAAUUUAUUUACAAUCAAAACAAGAUAUUCAAGAUACAUUCAAAGAUUUUAAAGAUGAUGAAAUUAUUUCUUAUGUUGAUUAUUUUCAAGAAAAAUAUACUCGUUGUCAUAUCUAUUUAUAUCCUGAACAAUUAAAAUAUUAUGGUACUUUAACAAAUAAUUUUCCAGGUGAAAAUUCUAAACCACAAAAUAACAAAUUAUGCAGAGAAUCACAGAAUGGCAUUCAAGAUUUUGCAAUUAUUAACUAUCCUUAUCUUACUACUCUUACACUUUACGGUGCUCAUGAUGAUUAUAUCGAAGAAUUUCUAGUUGAUACGAAAAUAUGUUUACCGAAUAAUCUUCUUCAUAUUAACAUUUAUUAUGAACAACUAAAAAGAGUAACACAUAACUUUACAAGAGAUGCAACACGAAACAAUUGUGCAAAACUAAAUUCUUUAUUUCUCAAUGGUCGUCGAUAUCCUAAACAUGCAAAAAACUAUUUUCCAAAUGUACCAAAAUAUUGA